AUAUUUAAUAGGCCAAAUAGUAGUUUUUAAUACAUAUAUGCUUUAAGCUAAUUUGACCAAGUUUGACUACUUUAUUAAAUCUAUUUUUAUGUGUAUAUUUUUUAUAUUAUAACAACCUGUCACCAGACUACUUUGUCCUAAACAGAGAUUUAAUUAAUAAAGUAAUUAAAGUAUUUUUCCGAGUUGCACCUGUUUCCGGAUCUAAACAAAGAUGGCCGCCAACGGCUACAGGAAGCAGGAGCAAACCGUCACAAUUUGGGGAAAUGGAUUAAAAGUCUUUAUUAUCAUCCACUAGACGCGAGUUGUUUUCAGCCGGAUUGUUAAAAGUGUCGCUGAGGAUUUCUGGAAACGCUUUCAGUACUGCGGUUCUAUUUUUAUGACUGCAAUAUCUAUCUGAAAGUUUACACAGCGUACAGGUAAGUCCUGUGAAAGGCUCUUAAUGAAUUUAUUCAUAUCUAGUUUUACAAUACACAUCUUUUCUGGGUGUGAUUCCCACUACAGACAUACUCCACGCCAACGCUAAAAUAACCACAGACUCCUAAUGUAGCUUGAGUCUUGAAACUGGUUAAAUUCAGCAUUUUUCUAAAAACCUUGUCAGUCAUUUUUUUUGUUUUGUUUUUGUUUUUUAAAUUACUUACUAAUCAAAGACACGUCCAUGGUGGAAAUCACCAGUUAGACUUUUUUAUUUAUUGUCAUACAAGCUAUACACCAACAGUUUACAUUAGAAAUUAAAUUACUUAUCAAUGACUCCCCACAGUAAUUAUACCUGGUAAUAAAUUAAUAUUCUGCACACUGUAACAUUCAUUAAUUAUACAAUAUUCCUCUGUGUCCUUGUAGGGGCGGAACCGUGGUGUGAUGAUGCUUCACAACAACAAAGGGUCUGGGUUUGAAGCUUUUCUGUGUGGAGUACUUGCGGGUUUUUACUCCAGCUUCCUCCCGCUGCCCAAAGACAAGCUCGUUAGGUGAACUGGCGAUUCUAAAUUGACCGUCCCGUCACGCUCCUCCUCAGCGUAGGACGGACGGCCUUGAGCCACAGGCUUUCUCUGAGCCGCUGAAAGAUGAGGGAUUUGCAUUAAAGUCUAAACAGACGUCUGCGCUGCACCCGGCAGAGGAUGCGGCUGGUUGUCAUGGCAGCAGCGCUCGCAGUGGCGGGGGCGUGGCAGUGGCAGAGCUGCGGCUUCAGCGGCUGCCGUCCCACCAACACCAGCAUCACCGUGGAGAGCUGUGGCAUCCAGGAGCGCAUCUACACCACCGCAUGUGAAGGAAACUGCCACUACAGGGAUUUCUCCUUCAUCGGUGAUGAUGAGACUAAGCAGAAAGUCUGCAAUGGGGACUGGUCCUACGAGGUGAAGUACAUUAAAGGAUGCCCGGUGGGCGUCGCCUACCCCGUGGCCACAAACUGCUACUGUGAUACAUGCGACGAGGAUAAGACGUACUGCGAGGGCUUCUCUACAGAAAAACCCAGCUGUUUGCCCUAUUAAAUCCCCCUCCCACAAUUUCAUCCUGCUAGUGCAUGGCCGCUAAAAUAAACAGGUAUCGCAAACA